AUGCGUGCAGCAGUCACACUGCUGCAUGACCGAUCGGCCUGGGGCCUUCCCAGUAGACCCCUGGUUGUGGGGAGCAGAUGCAGCGCCAGUGAAAUAGGGAAAGAGGCGAAAGAGGCUGUGCUGGCAGGGUCAGCAGCAGGGGCGAGUGAGUCAGGAAGGGCAGCAGUGGUUGAAGAGCGGGAGGAAGCAGCAGCAGAGCGGGACCAAGGCCAUGUUGAAACAAUCAGUCCUGAUGCAACACCUGUCGGCGUCUCAUUGGUCGUUGGGGAGCACCCCGAGAUCCUGGACGAGCUUUCCAGGAAUGUUCUGCGGCAGAGGAAAGGAGUGCCGGCUGUGAGAUGGGUGCAGGAGGCUCAUCUGGGGGCGGUUGCGUCUCUGCUAGAGGCAGGGGACGUGAAGGGAGCAGCUGGUCGCCUGCGGUACCUGAACAUAGAAUACGGGGUUUUGGAGGAGCAUCUGUACAGGUCCGUCCUUCACCAGUUGGUGCUUGCACUGCGCCCCCAGGUGCCCCAACAAGCGCCGGCCAGCUCUCCUGUUUGGACGGCAGUGAGGAAGGAAGAGACAAGAAUUGCCGUCCAGGAGCUGCUAGCUUCUGGUUCAGUCCGAUUGAUCAAGCUGUUUCAGACUGUAUGGGACGAUCACAUCCACAGAGAGUCCCAGCGAUCCGCCCGCCACUCCCACAUCGCCCCUCCGUUGGAGGCCUUACACGCACUGCUGCUGCUGGUACACGGGCAAGCUGGCAGUAUCGCUGAUCCGGGACUGAUUGAAGUGAAAGAGGGUGAAACGAAUGACGCCAAGGGCGAAGACGUCGAAACAGAAGCGAAUGGAACGAGUGAAGUGGAAGGGGAGGGAGAGGUAGGGGGAGAACCAGGGGAUCGAACGGGACAUACAAUGGGCGAGAUGGGAGAUGGUGGGAAGCACGAGAUGAGAGAGGGUGUGAGGAGGGAAAGUGUGGAGGAGAGGUGUGUGUGGGAGCUUGUGGAGCAUACGAGGGUGGAGAGGCGGGUGGUGGUGGGGAGUGAGCUGGAGGGAGCUCUGGCUGCUGUGCAUGCUGGGCAGUUUUCCAAGGCUAACCAUAUCCUCCAUUUAUGCCCCCCUCUCCGUCCCCUCACCACACUCAUCGCAUGGGACCUCAUAGGGCCUUCCCACCCUGCCAUCCGCCUGCGCCUCCUCUGGGCUCUCUGGCCCCUCCAGUGCUCCCAUGCCCUGCUGAAGGACUGGGAAGACUCCCUACAACAUGAAGGUGCUGACUCGUCCCUGCUGCCUCACGAGUCUUCCCAAGAUCUGCUGCCAAUCAAGCCUCUCGCUGACUGCUCCUGGCCUUCGCAGCAGCAGCAGCUGCUGGAGCAUGCUGGGGUGUGCUGCGUUCACCUGAUCUACCACGCGCAUCUGGCAUUCCGCAUUGCUGCUCGCCAUGCUGCUUCACAGCAGCGGCAGCAGCAGCAGGAGCAACAGCAGCCUAAGCCUUACAACCACCACCCCCAGCUCCAUCGUAAGCAGCACCUGAAGAGCCAGCGUCAGCAGCUGCUGACUCCCAAGGCAGUGGCGCGCAUGGUGCGAGCAGCCGACCCGUUUGUUGCACGGCUGGCAUUGGAGCUGUUGCAGGUGCAGCCGCCCCUUCACGUGCUGCUCUCUCUGGGCGCCCACGGUUUCCAGCCAGGCGAGAUCAUCCAGCUGCUGCAGGCUCAGCCUGGGGCUGGGUGCAACGUGCUUGGUGGGGCAUCUGGCAGGGACUGGGACGUGGAGCUCCUUCACAUGCUGUUCGGCGCCCAGGCUGCAGAGGCUGCCGUGCAUGCCAUGACAGGGAGUGGCAGGGGAGGAGAGGAAAAAGGAGAGGGAAAGUUGGGGGUGCAGCAGCGUGGAGCAGCAGAGGCGUUGAGCGCGGUUGAGUCGUUUGAGCAUCACGCAGCCCAAGUCACCACAGCUGCCCGCAAGAUCUGGAUGGGCUACACUGUGCGCUCGCUGCUUCUCGCUGCCUCCAACUCACCUGCCACUGAACCACCUUCCACGAGUCACAGUCCAGCGGACGAGGAUUGCCUGGCAGCUGUCACCAUGGCCCGGCUCCAGCUGCUGGCCAAGCACGAUGCUGCUGCUCAAGAUGCUGAUUUUGCUGCUGAGCUGGAUGCUGAGCUGGACGCACAGGCGUCUGACGUGGCAGCGGCGGCAGUGGGAGUGCUGGCUUCUGAUUGGAAGCAGAGGGCGCAGGUGGUGCGUGAUUGGCUGGACGACUGGCAGUGGCGACUGGCUGUGCUGAAAGCUGAUUGGCUGGGUGUUCGUGCUGGGGGUGGGAAAUCGGAGGCGGGGGUGUUGCAAGAGGACGAAAAUUUAGAGAGAAUAAUACAUGAGGAGGGGAAGGAUACAUGUUCCACUCCCCGUCCUGAGGAGGGGGAGGGGGAGCACGAACACCCAGCCAUACAGGAGGAGGGGGAGGUGGAAAAUGAAGACGAAGCGAGUGGUUCUGAGCAGGAGGUUGGCAUGGAGGGGGGUGGAAGAAAGGCAGGAGAGGUGAAGGGGCAGGCAGGGAAGUGGCAGGAGCGGUGGCGACUGCGGAGCGAUUGGUCGGCAUGGGGGUGGCAUGAGGUGGUGGCGUGGAUGCGAGUGGAUCCCUCUGCUCUCGUCUCCUGGUGA